AUGGAUCGUCUAUCUGAACGAAGUAUUCCAAAUGACCCCAUUGAUGACAUGCAAAACCAUGCUCCGAAGAAGGAGGAAGUCUGGGAGGAGGUAACUCACGACGCCGUCUUUGGAGAAAUAUCUGAGGAAGGCCCUAAUUAUCGCAAUGUGGGCUUCUUUGGCACCGUCAUUCUUAUGAUGAAGACCCAGAUUGGCUUGGGUGUUCUGUCUAUACCGACUGCUUUCGAUACCCUAGGCAUGGUGCCCGGUGUGAUUGUUCUAUGUGCUGUUGCUGUUAUCACCACAUGGUCUGCCUACGUCGUUGGCACGUUUAAGCUUCGCCACCGUGAAAUAUAUGGAAUCGAUGAUGCAGGAGCUUUAAUACUUGGUCCAACUGGGCGUGUUAUUCUUGCAACUGCAUUUUGUCUCUGGAUCUCAAUCGGCUUCAAUGCAGUCUCCACCCAUGCCCUCUGCACGGCUGUGUUUGUGGUAAUUGCGGCUAUUCCAGGCUUUCUGUUUAGUAGUAUUCGGACCCUGGGCAAGAUUACCUGGCUCGCAUGGGUCGGAUUGCCAUGCAUUCUUACUGCAAUUCUGAUUGUUACUAUCGCCGUUGGCGUUCAAGAUCGUCCUGCAGCUGCACCGCCUGGCGAGUGGGUUUCCGACUUUAAAGUCGUUGGCAAUCCAGGCUUCACCAAGGGCAUUACUGCCGUAUCUGCCAUCGUUUUUGCAUUCUCUGGCACACCGGGUUUCUUUUCCAUUGUGUCCGAAAUGCGCGAGCCUCGUCAGUUCACAAAGGCUGUGAUGGCUUGCCAGGCCGGUGUAACUAUUAUCUACAUUGUCAUUGGCGUCGUGGUCUACUACUACUGUGGAUCGUAUGUCUCGUCACCAGCCCUGGGCUCUGCCGGUGGAAUGGUGAAGAAAAUUUCCUACGGAUUCGCACUGCCCGGUUUGAUUGUUACCUUAACAAUUGUUUCUCAUAUACCCGCAAAGUACAUCUUCCUCCACCUCCUCCGUGGCUCAAAGCACUUGACCAGCAACACACCAACACACUGGAUCUGCUGGCUGAGCUGUACCUUUGGCAUUGCCGUCAUUGCCUAUAUCAUUGCUAGUGUGAUCCCUGUCUUCGACUCGCUGGUCUCCUUGAUCGGUGCGCUACUUGGCCCACUCAUGUGUUUCCAGACGAUGGGUGGCAUGUGGCUCUACGAUAAUUGGGCAACUCCAGCCAGGACCAAGAAAUGGUAUUUCAUGUGCUGCUUCAGCAUCUUCGUGAUCCUCUCCGGAACCUUUCUUAUGGUUGCCGGAACGUACGGGUCGGUGGUUGGCAUUAUUGAUACAUACAACUCGAGUGGAGGCUCAGCCGCUUUCUCCUGUGCGGAUAACUCGAACUCUGUGUGA